CACACACACUGCUCCACAACUGGCAGGGGGAAAAAAAAAAAAAGAAAAACCUCAGACAUGGAUGACCCACUCACAAAAUGGCUCCACUUACACAGUAACAUCAACAACACGACUGGAACGGACGUAGUGGACUCGAGCGAGUGGUGACGGUAUCAAAAUGAUGGAAAAACGGCAGCCGGAGCUUCGUCCUCGAAGUCCCGAUGAAGAGUCCGGUCUUGCAAAGCGGGAGGACUCCCCCAUCAUCUCCAGACUGAACGGAUGCAAGGAAGAAGAGGAGCCGAUGAGAGAGGAGGGGGAGAAAGGGAGGGGAGGGAGCUUCAGUGGGGUUGAGGAGACGGAUGACGUUCCUCUGCAGAACUCGAGCAACGGGACCAGCAUCAGCAUCAUCAUCAACGGCGUUGCCAAGGAAACUGCCUCUCACAACGCCCUUGACCUGAAAAGGGAAGUGCCGGUGAUCGAGCUCUCCAGGAGGGACGCUAUAAAAGCGGUGGAGCAGAGGAUUGAAAGCCAUUUGGUGCCGAUCACGGAACUUCGCAGACCUCCACCGCUGCCGCUGCCGCCGCCGCAACGAGACGACGCUCGAAUGGUCCAACUGAGCCCAAACGCGUUUCCAGUCCCGGCCCGGGCCAUGCUCUACAACCUGGCGCAGCCUCUCGCCGCCAUCAACAGUCUUGGAGGGGAGUCGGAGCAGUACAGCAUGUACCCCAGCAACAGGGUAAAGCGCCGCCCGGCGCCUUAUGAGGUUGAACUCGACGAGGCUGGCCAGCCAAAGAUUGUGCGUCGUAUCUUCACCAACAGUCGGGAACGUUGGCGGCAGCAGAACGUAAACGGUGCAUUUGCGGAGCUUCGCAAACUCAUCCCCACUCACCCCCCAGACAAGAAGCUGAGCAAGAAUGAGAUCCUGCGGCUUGCCAUGAAGUACAUCAGCUUCCUCUCCAACCUCCUGGAGGACCAGGAUGGAGGGAGAAAUGUUGGCAGCACAACUGAUGGGGAAACAGGGCUGCUGGUUGGAGUUGGGGCCCUUGAGGGGGGCCCUCAGGGUGGUCCACAUCAGGACACAGUGGUUGGCCUGGCCAGGGACGAUCUUCUGGAGACAAUGUCACCAGGUUCCAGUUGUGGAAGCCUGCCUGAUGGAGAUGCAGAGGGCAGUCCUGAGAGCUUUAUGGAGGACCAGGACUCGCCUCCAGCUCCAAGGACUCUAACGGCUUCACGUGGGCCCGCGCUGCAUCUAGCCGCUAGAGAUCUGAGGCGCAAUGGGCGCCCUUUAGAUGGCUCCAGUCGCCGAUGAUGCUGAUGCUGAUGCCAACAGACCACAGACACAACACCUGAGACUGAAAUGAGAGGGACUAAGAAAUAUGUGUCUAUGCUCAGGACCCAUUAGCUUUUAACCGUCAGUGUAGGAAAGAGAAUCGAGCUCCGCGUAGUGAGAUGGUGGAGUAGGUUCCUGUCUCCACACUAAACCUGAGGCAGCACUGAUGAAUAGCUUGCUCUGAUUGAUAAUUGUUCGAAUUUGAUCCAGAAAAAGACUUGCAUGUCUCAUGUCUUUGACUAAACUGCAGAAUAUAACUGUCCAUGUUUUUAAAAGUCCAAAGACAAAAUAUUCUUAAAUAAUAAAAAAACUGAAAAAAAAUUAAAUAACAAGCAAACAAAACUAAAUCAAACAAAAGAUCAAUCAAGAAACCUAUUUUUUGAUGUGUAAUACUGAAGUCUGGACCAGUGCUUUACAAAUGAUUCCAUUGAUUACAAUGUAGUGCGGCCAGAAUAGAUCCGAUGUGCUUGCAAAGUGCAAGUAAAUGGCUCUUAAACAUCAAGGAAUAAACCCACAAGAUUUAUGCCCAACAAAUGUUAUGUGUUAUGACACAAGAGUAAGUUUGCCUCAGUUGGAGGCCGUAAAUGAACCGACUGGACUCUAUUGUACCCAUGCAGUUACGUAUGUAUUGUAAAUAGCAUUAUAUUUCCACGACACGGUGACUCGAGUUCAAGUCAUGUGGUUUAAGAUGUACUAUAGUGUGUUUGUCAAUUGGUUUACUAGCAAGAUGGUCUUUUGGGAGACAUGAAACGGAAAAGAAGAGAGACGGAUCGCGUAGAACCCAAAAUGUAAAGCAGGCAUCUGAACGUAGUACAUCAAAUGUGGUACCAUUUACUUCUGAUACACUUUGGUGAUGAGAGAAUAACACCAAAUACGGCGGCAGACAGUUAAACAUUUUCACUGCCGGGAAUGAAUAUAUCUAUUUGAAUUUGCGGAGGUACAAGACAUGCAGUGUUUUCAAAGUGUACAAAAUAUGAGUCAUAUGAUAUUAUGAAAUGACUCGUGCAGUCAUUUUGAUAUGAAUGUUUCAGUGUUUUUUUAAACUGUAAUGCAGUGUAGUUUAGUAAGGUACACAAAUAAAUCCCUUCAUUGCCGCAUACAUAUACAUAUACAUAUACAGACACACGCACAGAGGCACACACGCACACAUACAGUGUUAAUAUCAUAACAACACCAGCAGUUUUCUGAUUAAUACAGUUAAGUAUUGCUUACUGUUGUUGGUUAUUCUGCUUUUUCAGCAGGACCUAGUAGCCUAUAUUGGUACCUUUGGUAACUAUGGUAUUUUAUGAAUUGCAGUAAAGGGACAUUGUACGUUUGGUAAUGACAUAUUUGUUGUAUGAUAGCUGUAUCUAUAAAUAUAUCCAAUGUUAAAUCGAUGAAUUUUAUACAAAACCCCUGAAUAAAACAUGCAGAGGAAAA